AUGCCGAUUCUCAACUCCCCCUUUGCGCCAUCAGCCUUCACCAACAGGUCUGGCCGCGGUGAAGUCGUCCUUACCGUCCUGCCACCGGCUAAUCCGUCUCUGUCGACUGUUUCUUACAAUUACCCUCUCAAGCUCCUCUCGCGCAUUCCUGAGGGCGAACUAAAGUCCAAGUAUCCGGCUACUGCUACACCGCCGUUACACCUCUACCUUCUCACCUACGGCGGCGGGCUGCUUCCGGGAGACCAUAUUGAUGUCUCUGUAACAAUAAAACCAAGGGGAAGAUUGGUGGUCACCACUCCGCAGGGGAGCACGAAGAUAUACAAGACUGAGGCACAAGGUGGUAGAAAGAGGCCCAUCCCCAAGACAGACAGCGACCGAAGCAAGCAGACUCUCAAGGUCCAAUUGGGUCGUGAGUCCGGUUUAUGCUUGCUACCUGACCCAUCGGUGCCGUUUGCAGAUAGUCGGUACGACCAGUUUCAGACGUUCACUCUGCUCCACGGGGACCAUAGUAAGGCUGCAGGCGUUCCGCGGGGCGAAGGUGUCACCAAACCGGCCCACAAAGGCAGCCUCUGUGUUCUCGACUGGGUGACGGAAGGGCGUAGUGCUAGAGGAGAGAGCUGGUCGUUUGAUUCAUGGACGGGGAGAAAUGAAGUCUGGCUCGAAGACUGCAAGACCGGAAAGAGAAGGCUGCUACUCCGAGAUGCGGUGAUCUUGAAUAACGAUGCAGCCGCGAGGCAACCAGAGAUCGGCAAUUCUGACAGCCCUGCACAGGGCCAUCUUCCUUCUACCCAGUCGCAGACCUCAGUCCGCUCUCGCACUCAUCCUCAUGGCAUUCUCGGGACAUUGAUCAUUCAUGGACCAUUAUUUGAGUCUCUUGCUGACUUCUUCAUGGAGGCAUUUACUUCACAGCCCAGGAUCGGCGGUCAGAAUUGGUCAUCGAGCUCCAUGUACUAUCCCACACACACAAACGAGCGCAUCAACAAAAGCGAGGAAGACGAUGAUCACAGCAACGCGACAAAAGCGUCAAAGAUGCACCAUGGAGAUGUAACAUGGACGGCUGCUCGAGUACGCAAUGGAUUCGUCCUCGUGAAAUUUGCUGCUCCGGACUUUGAGAGCGCCCGAGAUUGGCUGGGCCAAAUGCUCAGGGCAGAAGGGAGUAUUCAGCGUGAGUUCGGCGAAGAGGCCUUCGGCUCCCUGUAA